UUGUUGUGAUAAACUUAUUAAAUAGUUGCCGCGCAGAUGAUAGCAAGUAAUAGUCUAUGUUGUAAAUUGAAGCAUGCAGCCAGUUGUGAACUAUCGUGGCUGCAUGUCCCUCAUUGCACAAAUUGUGAAGACCAUGACAGAUGAGUCAUGCCUUACGAUCAAACUGACCAAAAAGAGGGAAAAUUUCAUCUUGGAGACAACACAUCACUCUGCAUCGCCCUCUUCAACGAACUUAAGUGCAAAAGAAAACCAAUUGUCGUCUGAAAAGAAACACAAAGAAACUUUUGCUAUUUCAGAAAAAGAUACUUCAGAUGUGUGCAAAACGCCUUCGAUAACUAUCGAAGCAUCAUCGCAGGAAAGUGAAUACACACCUCAUUUAGAAAUGACUCCUAGUACAUCUCGAUACAACAACAAGGAAGUCAUUCAAGUCGAAGAUGAUGACGAAGAUGAAAUUGUCAUCUGCAGAAGUAGCGCCAAAAAAGAAACCAAAAAUUCCAGGCGCUCAUCGAGGAUCAAAACACGAGAAGAAAUAGAGGAAGAAAAAGAAAAGAAAAUUGAAGAAUUACAGAACAAACUGAGGAAAACGCCAAAAGAGAAAAGAAAACCAGUCAUUGAUGAAGAUUCCGAAAGUGAGAAAGAGUCGAACAAUCAGAAGGAUCCGCAAGUUAAUGGUAAAGAUAGUGGGAGUAGUGAUGAUGAACAAAUAGUAAUAUCGCGCAGUGCUUCCAAGAGAACUCCAAGUAGACGAAUUUCAAAGUUAGAAAACAAGAAAGUCGAAAAACAGGAAUUGAUUAACACCACCCUUGGGAAAACUCCGACAAGCGCUGAAAAACGUCCUAAAAACGUCAUUGAUUCUGACGAUAGCGAUGAAGAUACACAUAGAAAUUCGAGUAGUAAGAAAAAGAAACGACCCAUUGUUGAUGAUGCAUCACAAGAUGCAAGUUUAGUUACGGUUCCUAGUUCUGCUAGCAAAUCAAAAUCUAAGCAUGAUAAAAACGACAGCAAAUGUUAUGAAAGUUCAGAUAGUGAACUUCUGGUUUUGGAAGAUAGUGACGUGGACGAACUGGGAUCCGAGUCAGACGCCCCUGGUCUACCUGAAGAUGAUGUUGAGGAUGAAAGUGAAAAUGCUGAUUGGAGGAAAGCACUGCACCAAGUCAUGGAUUCGGAUAUGCGAAUGAAGAGAAACUCGGAGACCCAGACAUCGGCAUUUCUGAAGGUGAUCUACCUCUACCUCAACGCGGCCUCUUUCCCGGGAAAAGGUUAUCCUUUGCAUGUUACAGACUCUUUCAAACUAUAUCCGCCGGAAUCGGGACCCAAUUUGCGCAAAUGUCUUCAAACAGUGACGGAUAGAGUGAACGCAAUGUUGGGAAAGUUCUCCAGGGCUACCUCUUGGCAAACUAAUUUUCAGUUUUUGGUUGACCGCUGCUCUGAGAUAUCCAUGGGGUACACCCAAGACAGAAUGACAUGUGAGGCGUGCGGUCGCAGCAACACUGUGAGCAGUCAAUCUAUUGAGUUCAAAGGGACCGCCUAUGACCGGAAGACAUACACAUUGCAGAAAAUAAGCAGUUUGAGUUACAAGGGACCCAUCUUUUUCUGUGUUGGCUCACAUUGCGUUGUUAGGAUUGAAAUGUACCACAUGUUACGGCACUACUUGUUCUGUGUGUUUCUACAGUGUAAAAGGUAUGCGGAGAAAAAUCUUCUGUUGGACCAUAGGCGCAUCAGAAGAAAGAGUACAGAUAUAGAGAGAGAUCUGAAACGGAUAGCCUCGGAAGGCAAUGAGUGGGCGUUAGAUUUGUGUGAAAUGUUCGCAAGGGACAUGAACAGAGCUGCUAAUCAACGGAAAGGACUUGACUGGAGUUUCGAAAGAUGAAGCAUAUUAAUCUAAACUUGACAGGUUACUGAUGAUUUGUCUGACAAAAACUGAUGAUUAUUUAUUUUUGCAGUGCUAGUUUUAAUUUUGCAGUAUUUAAAUUUCACUCAAUUUCAUGAAUUACCGGUCCUACUGCUUCUACAUUGUAGAAAUAAUAUCAGCAUGCUGGAUAUUAGCAAUAAAUUCAAAUCUCUUGGCGUCUCCCGCAAACUUAGCCUUAAGAUAGCACCUAUAAAUGGGACUGCUAAGGUCCUGGGCUUUAAUGGGGUUAGAACCCGUUUUUUUAACUGAAUUUUUUGCAUUCUAAAAAAUUGCCGCGUAUCGUUUGUCUGACUUUGUUUUGACAGCUUAUUUGCAGCAUCAC